AACGGUCGUUCGAUCUUUAAAAAAACAAAGCAUUCCAACGAUUUAACGGUCGUCUAUUCUAGCGAAGAUCUUUUGUUACAGAUCUCUCUGAAACGGUUUUCAAUUCAAAGUUCGCUGUUUUUUUGUUUCGUUUAUAUAAACUUUUACAUUAAAUAUGAGCUCUCAUCACUGGGGUUACACUCAAGAAAAUGGACCCGACAAAUGGUUCAUUGAAUUUCCCGAAGCAACCGGUACCCGUCAAUCGCCCGUUGACAUUGAUACAAAUAUCUGCAAAAGAGGCAGUGAUUUGAAAGUGGCUCCUUUGAAAUGGAAUUAUGUGCCAGAACACACAAAGAGUUUGGUAAAUCCCGGUUACUGUUGGCGUGUAGAUGUUGAUGGCAACGAAUCAGAGUUGACUGGUGGUCCCUUGGGUGAGAAUAUCUACAAAUUGGAACAAUUCCAUUGUCAUUGGGGUUGCAGCGAUUAUAAGGGUUCAGAGCACACCGUUGAUGGUGAGGCAUAUGCUGGAGAAUUGCAUUUGGUACAUUGGAAUACCACUAAAUAUGCUAGUUUCAAGGAAGCUGCUGCCGCUCCUGAUGGUUUGGCUGUAUUGGGUGUUUUCUUAAAGCCCGGCAUGCAUCAUCAGGAAUUCAACAAAAUUACUAGCCUUUUGCAGUUUGUCAAACACAAGGGUGAUCGCAUCACUUUGCCCCAAGGCUGUGAUCCUGGCAAACUUUUGCCCAGCACAACCACCUACUGGACUUAUGAAGGUUCCUUGACCACACCUCCCUGCUCCGAGUGUGUCAUUUGGUUGGUAUUCAAAACACCCAUUGAGGUUUCCCACGACCAAUUGGAGGCCAUGCGUGAUAUGAACUGCUAUGAUGUCAAAGAAGAAUGUCCUUGCAAUGAAAUGAAUGGCAAAGUGAUCAACAACUUCCGCCCUCCCUUGCCAUUGGGCAAUCGUGAAUUGCGCGAAUGCGGCGAACAUUAAGUGUUGUUUUGAGCCAGAGAGAGAAAUGACAAAGAUUGAGUGAUUUUGUGAAGUUUAAAGUAUUUUUUGUGAAUAAUUAUAAAUUAUUCAUAAACAUUUUUGUUUGUUUUUUUUUUGUUGAUCUUUUUUUCACAUUUUUAUUGUAAAUGCACUCAUUAUGACAGUUAUUUAGUAAUUUAAUUUAAAAAUUUAAUAAAACAUUGUUAAACAAAUUUUGUGAUUAUAAAUAAUAUAAUUAAAAAUAAA